AUGUUGGAGAGAAAAAGAAGAACCCAGACUCUUUUCACGGGGGGUGAAAAGAGGCUUAAGCCCAAUGGUAACUACCAAGGGAAUUAUGAAGAUAGGAGGGACAACAAAAGGAACUUUGGGAAAGGGAAUGGAUGCCAGUCGUCUAAUGCUAGGGAGAUUGGGAACCAAAGGAGUGAGAAGCCUCAGAGAAAGUAUUUCUACAAGCGGUGUGAGAAAGAUCACCCAAGGAAGGAUUGUGAGGAAAAGCUGGUAACUUGUCGUUACUACCAGAAGUUGGGACACCGGAAGGUGAAAGAGUCUAGUGUUCCUAGUAAACCACCUCAGUCUAGUGGACCUACACCCAAGGUUGGAACUAGUAGCGUUGCAGGAGGUGCCCCAAAGGGUCGUAUGUUCGUGAUGAGAAGCUGUGAGGCUAAAACUGCUAAUAAUGUGGUAAUUGGUGUUUUCCUUAUAAGUUCUUUGCCUGUGAAAGUUUUGUUUGAUUCGGGGGCAUCCCAUUCCUUUAAUUCUAAGAGAGUAGUUGGAAGUCUCAGGUUAGAAAGUCCUGAGCCAGUUUCUCUAGAUAUGUCUAUUCCAUCUGGGGAAGUGAGGAGUUGUUCCAAGUUGUUUAAGAGUAUACCUAUUUCCAUUUAUGUAGUAGAAUUUCUGUCGGAUUUGAUCGAGUUCGAUUUGAAGGAUCUCGAUGUAAUUCUAUGUAUGGAUUGGUUGGGAAAGUAUGAUGCAAAGAUUGAUUGUGCAGCUGAAAAGGUUACUUUGACUAGCCUAAGUAAGGCCAGAGUGGUGUAUAAAAAGGAAGGAAAAAGUUCAAGGUUGAGAAUUAUUUUUGCGAUACAACUACAGAAGCUAGUUAAGAAGGGUUGUCCUCUGUUUUUGUGUAGUGUUCAAGAGAUUGACAGUGAAGAAAAGAAAGGUGAUGUAAGUAUACCUGUUGUAGAGGAGUUUCCUGAUGUAUUUCUAGAUGAGAUUCCUGGUAUGCCACCAGUGAGGGAUGUUAAAUUCACUAUCGACCUAGUGCUUGGUACUAGACCUAUUUCUAAAGCUCCAUAUAGGAUGGCUCCAGCUGAGAUGAAGGAGUUGAAGACGUUGGAUGAUUUGUUGGAAAAGGGUUACAUUCGACCUAGUUCCUUACCUUAG